UACCCUGCACAAGCUCUGCAUCCACACCAGGGAAGUUCCUCAGUAUACAGUACAUCCUCGUGGGUGUUUAAACACAGCACAGAGCGCUUUUACAGCAGCUGAUCUCAGACUCCUGUCAGCCAUGGCAUGGAUUUGCUUCCUCUUGUGCCACCUCUGUUUGGCCAUCUCCAUACUGGCGAUUAACCCCAGUCAAAUCAAAGUUUUCCCUGAAAAUGGUGCAGUUUCAGGUGUCUUUCUGGCAUCUCUCCAGCAUGUGCACAAUAAAAAUCACCCGUAUUCCUUUAACGCCUCUCAAGCCAGAGAGGUGUGUCUGAUGCUUAAUGUGAUUAUAGCUUCAAAAGCUCAGGUGGAGGCGGCCUAUAGAAACGGCUUGGAGACAUGCAGGUAUGGGUGGGUUGAUGAGCAAAUUGCUGUUCUCCCUCGAAUCACUGCCAGUAAGCCAUGUGGCCAGAACCGAGUGGGAGUCAUUCCAUGGCGAUCAGUUCCUACUAAGUCUUUUGAUGCAUUUUGCUUCAACUCAUCAGAUGUACAGACAGAAGUACCUGUUAGCACUAUUAUCAGCACAACCACUAAACCCACAACUAUCCGCACAAUCACUAAACCCACAACUAUCCGCACAACCACUAAACCCACAACUAUCCGCACAACCACUAAACCCACAACUAUCCGCACAACCAGAAAACCCACAACUGUCCGCACAACCACUAAACCCACAACUAUCCGCACAACGUCUAAACCCACAACUAUCCGCACAACCACUAAACCCACAACUAUCCGCACAACCACUAAACCCACAACUAUCCGCACAACGUCUAAACCCACAACUAUCCGCACAACCACUAAACCCACAACUAUCCGCACAACGUCUAAACCCACAACUAUCCGCACAACUUCUAAACCCAUACCCAAGCCAAAAGUAUCUUCAUCGCCCGUGCCUGCUCGUCCUUAUCCUCCAACUUUCCCCCUCCCCCAAACUACCCAGUCAGCUCAAUCUUCCACACCUCCUCCUCUCUUCCCUACUAGCUCUAAUACUCCCGCUUCAUCAAUCUACCUUUUGCCUUCUACUUCUGACGUUCUUCUGCUCACCACGUCACCUGUUCCACCAACUCUGCACCCCCAGGAUAUGAGCUCAGGGUCACCAGUGGGAGUAGUGCCAACUGUACUCCUCAUUUCGAUUGCCAGUCUGGCUCUGUUGGCCACAGUCAUUGCACUCUGGUAUUACAAAAUGAACCGAGACAGAAUGAUCCCUUUCUGGAAAGGUGGCCAGCAGAAAGAUGACAUUGAGGAGGUGUGGGAGAAUCUCUGUCAUACUGAAGUGAAAGAGCAGCACACAGAGAUGGAGCUGGGUGGCAUCAGGAAUGACUCUGGAGGAGGACUCUGAGACACACACUGACUAACAGCCUAACAAUGGCUUUCCACAGGAUAUGAAGCAAACCUGCAGCAAAGGUGAAUUUAGGUUGCACCUGCUUCACUUCCAUGUGAGCUAAUGCAGCAUUUUCAACCAGCAGCAGUGCUGCACAGAUGGAAGCAUCCCAGCAGCAGAAUCAAUAAUGUGGAGCAGCACUCAAGUGCUCAUGUGCACACUUUAGGUAAAAAAAAACCCAAAGCACAUUUACAGAGAAUAUAAUGGUGCUUUUGAUCAUUUCUAUGUGUUUCAACAAAUCAUUUUAUCAUAUUUAAAUAAAAUUAACUAAUCCAAGAUCAAGAUCAUCCUGACGAAAAAAAGUAGUGUGGCCUUAGUUUGGCUUCAAUAAUGAAAAUGGUGGGUGUUGCAAUGGUACUCACCACUUCUCUGCUGCUUUCUAAUCCUGUGGAAAACCAGUGCAACUGUGAUGGGACUUCACAUAUGUGAGAUUCCACUAAAGAACCAUUCAGGUUGUGUUGUUAAUUGCAUUAUAUCUUUGUACCAUUAGUAUCUGUGCAUCAUUUGGGAAGACUCUUGAAAAGUUAAGUGUUAAUGGCACAGAAAUAUUGUGAAAAGUCUUACGUAUGCAGACAGCAUCCAAGUCCGCCGAAUGAACUGCUUUCAUUUGGGUUAUCUUGUGCUGUUCCCCAGCCUCAAACUUACUUGUAACUAAGAUAAAUACUAAUGUUCACUGUAAAUAGUUUUCAGCAAAUAAUAUUUAGUGUGUGGUGCAACGCAGGAGAUUACUUUAUAGAAUACAUAAAAGCUUUUUCUAUAUUUGUAAACCAAUAAACUACUCGUUUAUGCUA